AUGAGCGACCCUCAACGCGAUGCCCCGCCGUUGAGCGCCAACAUUCCCGCUGCCACCACGACCACAACGGUUCUGCCUACGACAAACGGCUCCGCGAAAGGCGACGACAUUCCCGAUGCCGGACUGAGAAGUCUCGAUCACUACAAGCGCGCCCUGCCAAAAUGGCGGUACAAUCUGCGCCAGCAGAUGCUGCCUCUGAUCCGCUGGGAGACACCCUAUCUUGCCUGGAUGCAAGAGAAGUUACGGACUCCAGCUCUCGAUAGUUACUUUGCCAUUACUGCCAACCUCGGAACCCAUACCUUCUUCAUGAUCGGAUUGCCCAUCUGCUUCUGGUGUGGUUAUGCAGCCUUUGGCAAGGGACUUGUACAUAUUCUUGCGCUCGGUGUCUUCUGGACAGGCUUUAUCAAGGACUUCUACUCUCUCCCGCGACCACUUUCGCCUCCUUUGCACCGAAUCACAAUGUCUGGUUCUGCAGCCCUCGAAUACGGUUUCCCUUCGACCCAUAGCGCCAAUGCCGUCUCUGUCGCUGUCUAUGCGCUUCUGAUAUUACGCAGUCCCGAAAACACGCUCGCUCCAACCACCAAGUUCGCACUCGAAUGCCUCUCAUACUUCUACGCUGUUUCGAUCAUAUUCGGGCGCUUAUACUGUGGUAUGCAUGGCUUCCUCGACGUAAUUGUAGGAUCCAUCAUGGGUGCUGCUAUUUCUCUGCUCGAAUUCUACUACGGACCUCCUCUGGAUGAAUAUAUGCACUCCAGCUCUUGGGUUGCGCCUCUCGUAGCUGCCCUGAUUAUCCUUGUACUUGUGCGCAUUCAUCCUGAACCAGCAGACGAUUGUCCAUGUUACGAUGACAGUGUUGCCUUUGCUGGUGUUGUCAUUGGCCUCGAGUUUGGCACAUGGACGUACGGCAAGAUUGCGCUCGAUCCUUGGGAGACUCAUGCGCAUGGUGGAGGAUCUGUGGAUAUUACGCACUUGGGAUUGGCUGCCAAUGUGGCUAGAAUCGUGUUCGGCGUUCUUGUCGUGUUUGCGUGGCGCGAGACGAUGAAGCCUCUACUGCUUAAGCUUUUGCCUCAUCUAUUCCGAAUUUUUGAGCAGGUUGGCGUGAACAUGCCUCGACGUUUCUUCACGCCUGCUAGCAAGUACAAGACUGUGCCAACAGGCUCUCGUAUCGAUACUCUUUUCCCUUCACCCUCCGACUUCCCACGCAUGGUCGAGAGUAUCCGAAACCCUACGACCCGAGGUCGCUCUGUCUCGAUCGGUCCUCAGAGUGCCGCAGAUGCAUACGAGACUUUAGCGUAUAGAGAGCGCAAGCGACGCGAGAGUGUCAGCAGUAACCAUAGCUUGAAGAGCAAGUCAAGCAACCUGGAGCUCCAGACCACGCAUGAAGACUAUUCUGGCAAGGGAGCUCAGGCGUCUGGUGCACAGGCAAACCGCAUCGUCGAAUUCGAGCAGAUGAUGGGAACUGGCGAGGUUGUGACAACACCAGCCGCCGAUGAUGAUCGGGUCGAGAUUUUUGUUACAGGCACCGAGGAUGGAUUGGAGGAGAGGGAGAUGUUCUCACAAUUAAUUAAACCCCGUGUGCGAUACGACGUCGAGGUUGUAACUAAGCUCGUCGUUUACACUGAAAAGACCGGAAAAACGAGCGCAAAAAUGUCAGAUAUUGGGGAUGAGAUGGACGUUGAUGUCCCCGCUGUCAGCAAAGAUGUGAUAUUUUCCUCUGAAACCAAGCAAGGCAAGCGAAGUGCUGCGAAUCUACCAGUUGAAGCUGAGGAUAGCCUCCCCUGGGUUGAGAAGUACCGCCCAAACACCCUCGAUGACGUCUCGGGCCAUCAAGAUAUCCUCGCUACUAUCAACAAAUUCAUCGACCAGAACCGCCUCCCUCAUUUACUCCUCUACGGCCCUCCAGGUACUGGAAAGACGUCGACAAUCCUGGCCCUUGCUCGUCGUAUCUAUGGAGCUGCAAACAUGCGCCAGAUGGUUCUCGAACUCAAUGCCUCAGAUGACCGUGGUAUCGAUGUAGUGCGAGAGCAGAUCAAGACAUUUGCUAGUACCAAACAGAUCUUCUCCAUGGGUGCUGCCUCUGCCCGCUCAGGCAACUCGAUGGCUGGAUUUAAGCUCAUUGUUCUGGAUGAGGCUGAUGCUAUGACGAACACAGCUCAGAUGGCUCUACGACGAAUUAUGGAGAAGUACACCACCAACACACGGUUCUGUAUUAUUGCAAACUAUUCCCACAAGCUUAGCCCAGCGCUGCUGAGUCGAUGCACACGUUUCCGCUUCAGUCCGCUGAAGGAGGGCGAUAUUAGGGUUCUAGUUGACAAGGUGGUGGAGGAAGAGCAUGUCAGGAUUGGAGGAGAGGCGGUUGAUGCGUUGGUGAAGCUGAGCAAGGGUGAUAUGCGAAGAGCACUGAACGUUCUACAAGCCUGUCACGCAUCAAGUACACCAUUGCGAGCGAAGGAUGCACCCAAGGUGCCUGACAGCGAGAUUCAACGCGAAAAUAUCACAACGGAGACUAUCUACAACUGCAUUGCGGCACCCCCACCCGAUGCCAUCAAAGAGAUUGUGUCGACGCUGCUCAAGACAUCGGAUGUCACAAGUUGCCUAAACACUAUCAACGCUCUCAAGGUGUCGCGAGGUCUUGCGCUAGCGGAUAUUAUCACAGCGCUCUCUGAGGAGUUGGUGAAGCUAGAGGUUGGCCCCGAAGUGAUGAUCACCUGGCUGGAUGGUCUCGCCAAUAUCGAGCAUAGAGUCGCCGGCAUUGUAUUUUGUGAACUUGCUGUCGCAUUCCACCGAGAAAUUGCUGUACGUUCGAAAGAUCGGCGAGAUCGCCAUACGAAUACCGUUACAAUGACCUCAACUGCUUCCUCCGAUGCUGGGAAUUUAACUGUUGAGCCACUGUCAGAGCGCAACGUUUCUCGGAUCCCGCUUAUUCUCCCUCAUGAGCGCGUGUUUCCAAUUCAAAUCGGCAGCGAAUUGUUUAAGCUCUCGGGGGCAUCAUUAUCCUCAGACGCACCUUCAUACUUCUCUCAAUACUUUGUUUGUCAGUUGGAAUCGGCAAAGGACCGGAAUGACGAGUCGAGCUCUGCUAUCCGAACGCUUUAUAUCGAUCGCGACCCAGUCAUCUUUCGCGAUAUCUCUCUCCACCUUCAGGGUUACCACGUUCAGCCUCGCGACGGCGAGCACUUUCUCUACGAGGAGAGUAUCUUCAUCUCCAUCGGCCAUCGCGAGUUUCAGAUUCCUCGCGAGAUCUUCAACGACCCAGGAAAUUCCCCGAACUAUUUCUCCCUAGGCUUCGCAGCUUUCUUCUCACGACCGGACGAUCUCUUCCCCGGCCUGGACCGCGAAGGUCUUAUUCGUCCACCCUCGAUCCUCCCUCCUUCUGUUCCGAAGCGCAGCGCUGAUACAUUCGCCGAGCUCCUACACUUUCUCCGUGGAUAUCCUAUUCGAAUACGCGAUGAAGCUCACCGCCAGGAUCUCCUCAGUGAUGCGCGCUACUUCCACUUUAAGGGCCUUGAGCAGCGCCUUAUCCCACAUUCGCUAAGUUACAAUCAAGCCACGAGACGUAAUGAGGUUGUCCUUCGUCUUGAAAACAUACAGAAGAGUGGUGUUGGUGUCUUUAUCAGCAAUACAGACCCGUUGACCGGCUUUGUGCAAUACGCUCGACCUUAUGUGGACGAGAAGCCUGCUGAGCUGGUCCUCGAAAUUGGCGACGAAACAACAAAGCUUCAUUUCUCAGGAGGCAAUGCCAGGGCAGAGUUCUUCAGAGACACCAAAGCUCGAGUUGCGAAGUUGUUUGAGCUUAUCUCGUCAAAGAUAAACUUUUCCCAACCGAUCAAAACUGAACUUCUCACAAACCAUGGACAGUCGACAAACCUUGGAAAUGCACUAUUAAAGGAAGAUCUUGUUCGUAUAGUCCUCGAGCCUGAAUCCGCCAUUAUUCUCGAUGGGAAGGAUUAUCUCGAGGAUUUCAUCAAUGCUGCGGCGUCCGAAUCUUCCACAAACGAAUAUCCCCGGAAGCGAAAACGAGCUGAUGGUGACUCAGGCGAUGAGGAGUGGGUUGUCAAGGCAGGGCAAUGGAGGUUACGCAUUCAGAAUGCACCAAAUGGUAGGGGUGUUGAGUGUAUACUUGUUGCAGCCAAGCUUGAUGCAAUGAGCUCUCAAUUGUCGCGUAACAUGUCAAGGAGCUUCCUGGGAAGCUAA